AUGUCAAGGCCACUCCAGCCUGUAAGUCACUCGGAUCCAGGGAGGCUUGCUAAUAGCCAAACCCAAGAGGCCUGUGAGGCUAAGCCACCAGAAGCCAGUCACCAGUCACCUCUGUCAACUCUGGAAAACGUCCGGGUGGCUUGCUUUGAUCCUCCUCCUGAAGUGGUUCCGACCAGGAACCCAAUCAUACACAACAAAAAGGCAGCCGACCCCGUCCAUUCCGACUUUGCCAGCUUGUGGGUCAAAAACAAGACUCUCUUAGCUGAGCUGAGAAAUCUUCAAAACAAGCUCUACAUGAAAGAAACUUCUUUGCAAGAGAUGAAGACAGAGUUAGAGAGUUACAAAGAAACUAAUGCCCAGCAGGAGUUACAGAUAAUGUCCCUGAGAGAUGACGUCAAGAACCUUCAAGACCUUAUUGACUCUCUAAUGAAGGUUAAGAUGUUGAAAAACACAGAAUCUCAGAGUUUCGGAAGACAUAACUGGGAUCUAACUGAGCGAGUUAUAGACCUAGAGAACUGUCUAAGGGAGCACCUGACGGGAAGAGAGCCAGCAUGGAGAAAGGCGGAGCUUCUGGAGAAAAGGCGGUCCUGCCCCUGCAGAUUCUCUCCCCACAUGAACCUGAAAGGACUGGAAGAUUCCUUGGAUAUUUUCCCUGUGAAGGACAAUGAUAAAGUCUGCAACUCUGAGAGAGACAACAUUGUUUACUCGGAAGGACCAACUGAGGAGCAAACCAUGGUCGAUAAAUGUCAACAGGAUUUGAUCUACAAAGAAAAACUAACAUCUGAAUUGGACAGAGCUCCGUAUUCCUGUAGCUGGGACCCCACCCAUGAGCAUUCCCACCACCAGGACUUCCUCGGUCAGUUGGCUACGCUACUGAGUGACAGCAUUGGCCCCAUAGUAGCCACGGAAGAAGCAGUGAAAGAGAGGAUCCAGGAAAUGGGUGCAAACGAGCAGCUGUGGAAAUUCAAAACUGAAGCCCUGCAGCAGGAGAUUCAGAUGCUCACCAAGAGGCUCGAGCACCUGCAGCACCUUUAUGAAGAGGCUGGUGAAAGGUUACCCCACACUGAAGAAAAUUACACGGAGCAGAAAAGACCCUUGGGAUACCUGAACGCAAAGGUUUCUGUCAACUGCUCUCUAAGAGGCUUAGAUGUGGGCAGGAAGAAAGGAAGAGAAAACUCCAGGACCCGGACUACCCACACAGAUAAACGCAGCAAGUUCAAACGGUUAGAGAUGUUAUUGGAUAUUGAGCGGAAUUCCAAGAUGGCUGCAGCCCCAAAAAUGGAGGAGAAAAUUCAGAGACUUCAGAAGCAGCUUAGUGAUUUGAAAUUGUCAAAUAAAAACAUGAAGACUCAACUGACAAGAAUAAAUGUCCUUAAAGACAGAACAAUUGAGCGGCUCAGGCAAUCAGUAACAAAAGUUGAAACGGUGAAAGAGAAGACAGCAGCCAAAAUGGACAACUUGAAAAUCCCAUCAGAUCCCGUGGAGCAGGCAGCAAGACCAGAGAAGGAGAGGGCCCACCAGACGCCAGCCCGGAGCCUUCCCGAGCCUUCUACAGUCAGAAGCAUGCUGAAAGGGGUCUCAGGACGAGAGCAAGAGCUCGCCGACUUUCGGGAGACCAUUAUGAAGAUGUUGGGAUUUAACAUGAAAACAGCAGACAAGGAUGUCAUUAAUCAGCUGAAGCUUGUCGUCCAAAUUUAUGAAGUCUCUAACAAAUCAAAGAUGGAUUCUCACAGUGAGCCUGGACCAGCCAAGUGA